AACUUGAUACGAAACUACAAAAGCCACAGUACUUAAAAUAUCAAGAAAAUGACCUCUUUUAAGUGUAAAAAAAAACGUCGAAAAUACUCUUCCCGACAAAUACGUGUGAUUGAUUACAUGAUAUAAUUACAACAAUCCUAAACAAAUUCAAUAGUCAGAGAUUGUAUAUAUUUAAAAAAGUACAAAACUGACUGUUACAAGAUGUAAGAGAAAUAAAGUGAGCAAGAAUCCUGGACACAUGGUUACAUGUGAGAUACUUCUCUUCUAAAGAUCCCAUUCCUCUCUAACCAGAAUCUUUCCUCUUUCUCUAAUCAUAUCAAAAGUUCCCUAAUCUCCCCCACUAUACUACACACACACACACAGCUGUAUUAUAUAAUCCUCUCUGAUAUAUAUAAGCACAACCCUGUUCUCUUUCACUAGAUUACAAAACCCAAAAAAACUAAACAACUUUGUAUUUUUCUUUUACUUCUGUGUGAUCAUCUCAUCUCCUCUAAUGGAGCAACUACCUUCUACUACUACUAGUACUAGACCCAAGCCCAAGCUACUAAACCGGCUCAACACCUACGUUGGUUCGAGCCGGGUUGGUAAACGCUUCAAACUCGCCGAACGUAAUUCAACUUUCACCACUGAGCUCCGUGCUGGUACCGCCACUUUCUUAACCAUGGCUUAUAUCCUCGCCGUCAACGCUUCUAUCCUCUCUGAUUCCGGUGGUACUUGCUCUGUUUCCGACUGUAUCCCUCUCUGCUCUGACCCAACCAUCCAACCUUCCCAGUGUACCGGACCGGGUCUCCGAUUACUCACCCCCGACGUUUCUUGCAAAUUCAACCCGGUUAAUCCCGGUUACGCCGCAUGCGUCGAAGGAAUCCGGAAGGAUCUAAUCGUCGCCACCGUAGCUGCCUCACUAAUCGGAUGCGUAAUCAUGGGAUUGAUGGCGAAUCUCCCGUUGGCUUUAGCUCCGGGAAUGGGAACCAACGCUUAUUUCGCUUACACCGUCGUCGGGUUUCACGGAUCCGGUUCAAUCUCAUACCGGACCGCACUCGCCGCCGUGUUCAUCGAAGGAUUGAUAUUUCUCUUCAUCUCCGCCAUAGGUUUCAGAGCAAAGCUCGCGAAACUCGUCCCUAAACCGGUCAGAAUCAGCUCCUCCGCCGGAAUCGGACUUUUCCUAGCUUUCAUCGGUUUACAGAACAAUCAAGGAAUCGGUUUAGUCGGUUAUAGUCCAUCAACUCUCGUCACUCUCGCCGCCUGUCCAACCUCGUCACGAGUCUCGUUAGCUCCCGUUAUAACGUCGGCUAACGGAACCGUUAGUUUACUCGCCGGAGGAGCAGUUUCCGGCGAUAUCAUGUGCGUUCACGGGAGAAUGGAGUCUCCAACGUUCUGGUUAGGUAUAGUCGGAUUCGUGAUCAUAGCUUAUUGUUUGGUAAAGAACGUGAAAGGAGCUAUGAUCUACGGGAUCGUCUUCGUGACGGCGAUCUCGUGGUUCCGUAACACGGAGGUAACGGCGUUUCCGAACACAUCGGCCGGAGACGCAGCUCACGAUUAUUUCAAAAAGAUCGUCGAUGUACACGUCAUCAAACACACGGCCGGAGCUUUAAGCUUCUCCGGUAUGAGCAAAGGACAUUUCUGGGAAGCUCUGGUGACGUUCCUCUACGUGGAUAUAUUAGAUACGACGGGGACGCUUUACUCGAUGGCUAGAUUCGCCGGAUUCGUAGACGAGAACGGAGAUUUCGCCGGACAGUAUUUCGCGUUUAUGUCCGACGCGUCCGCGAUUGUGAUCGGGUCCUUGCUCGGUACAUCUCCGGUGACGGUGUUCAUCGAAUCGUCGACGGGGAUAAGAGAAGGUGGGAGGACGGGGUUAACGGCGGUCACGGUGGCGGUUUAUUUCUUCUUAGCGUUGUUUUUCACGCCGCUGCUAGCUUCGAUUCCGGCUUGGGCGGUUGGUCCGCCGUUGAUAUUAGUGGGAGUGAUGAUGAUGAAAUCGGUGACGGAGAUUGAUUGGGAAGAUAUGAGGGAAGCGAUUCCGGCGUUCGUGACGAUGAUUCUGAUGCCGUUGACUUACUCAGUCGCUUACGGAUUGAUCGGUGGGAUUGGGAGCUACGUGGUGUUGCAUCUAUGGGAUUGGGGUGAAGAAGGUUUGGUGAAGUUUGGGUUUUUGAAAAGGAGAGUUAAAGAAGAAGAAGAGGUUAAUCAUAACAAUGGACUUGUCAAAGCUAGUGAGACUGAUGAUAACACUACUACCGUUUAGAUUUUUACAUUUUUUUUUUGUUACUAUUUGAUUUUUUUUUUUCUUUCUUAGGAAGAAAAGACUAGUGAUUGCAUUAUUGAUUUAUUUCUCUUGUAGAGGAAAAGUGUACAAAUGUGGUGGGAGAAAUAAAAGUAAACUGUAGAAAUUUUGACA